AAUGGAAUGGAAUGCAACAGCUGUGGCAGGGGGCCGCCAGGGGUGGGCCGGCUCAAACCCCCCUGCCGGGGCCCCCACUCCCCCUCUCCGCAGGGCUUCUACUCUUGAAAGGCAGAUCAACUAAAAAGUGUGCUCUGAGACAGAGUGAGCGCCUCGGCAGGGCUGCACGGCAAAAACACAGAGGGAGAGAGAGGGGGAGAGGGUUGAGAGAGAACGAAGGAGAGCGAGAGAGAGCGAGUCGGGGGACGGCGCUAGAAAAGGAGAGCACAAAGAGGUGGAAAGUGAAGCAAGGGAGGGGAUUUGAAAGCUCGGGUGAAGGGGAAGAGGGGGAGAGAGAAAGACAAAAGAAAGAGAGGGAGACGUAGUAGAAGCAGGGGAAAGCGAGGGGACGGCGCAAAUGGCUACGGAGGAGACGGCGGGGGGAGCGCGCAAAGCCACCAAGAGCAAACUGUUUGAGUUCCUGGUCCAUGGAGUGCGUCCUGGAAUGCCAUCUGGAGCUAGGAUGCCCCACCAGGGUGCCCCCAUGGGCCCCCCCGGGCCCCCGUACAGUGGGAGCCCUACGGUGCGGCCCGGCCUGCCCACCCCGGUCAUGGAGCCCAGCCGCAAGAGACCUGCCCCCUCCCAGCAGAACCAGCAGCAGCAGAWCGUACAGAACCGGGCCAGAAAGAAGCCAGUGGGAUUCCCUGGAGCCAAUGAGAUGCCAGCGAGGCAGAUGGACAUGAGAGAUGCCCAAUCAGAUCCAACGCUCGGAUCAAACGCCAAGAGAAGGAAAAUGGCAGACAAGAUUCUUCCACAGAGGAUCCGUGAACUGGUCCCUGAGUCACAGGCUUACAUGGACCUGCUGGCCUUCGAACGUAAACUGGACCAGACCAUCAUGCGUAAACGGGUGGACAUCCAGGAAGCCCUGAAGAGACCCAUGAAGCAAAAGCGUAAACUGAGGCUGUACAUCUCCAACACCUUCAACCCUGCCAAGCCCGACGCUGACGACUCGGAUGGCAGUAUUGCAUCAUGGGAGCUGCGGGUUGAGGGGAAGCUGCUGGAUGAUCCUGGGAAGCUGAAGAGGAAAUUCUCCUCUUUCUUCAAGAGCCUGGUGAUUGAGCUGGACAAAGACCUAUACGGUCCUGACAACCACCUUGUAGAGCUGCUGACCAGUAAAGCGAAGCGAUUCAGCCUUCCAAAAGACAACAUACUCAAAGGGUCGAGAGCAAGGCUGCUCGUUGAAAGUUGGCACCGCACUCCCACCACCCAGGAGACAGACGGCUUCCAGGUGAAGCGGCCAGGGGACGUGAGCGUGCGCUGCACACUGCUGCUAAUGCUGGACUACCAGCCCCCCCAGUUUAAACUGGACCCUCGCCUGGCCCGGCUGCUGGGUAUCCACACCCAGACCCGCUCCUGUAUCAUCCAGGCCCUGUGGCAGUAUGUCAAGACCAACAAGCUGCAGGACUCCCAUGACAAGGAGUACAUCAACUGUGACAAGUACUUUCAGCAGAUCUUUGACUGCCCGAGGCUCAAGUUCUCGGAGAUCCCCCAGCGUCUCACCAACCUCCUCCUACCCCCUGACCCCAUCGUCAUCAACCACGUCAUCAGUGUGGACCCUAACGACCAGAAGAAGACGGCAUGCUAUGACAUUGACGUGGAGGUGGAGGACCCCCUGAAGAGCCAGAUGAGCAGCUUCCUGCUCUCCACCGCCAACCAGCAGGAGAUCGCCUCAUUGGACAACAAGGUGGGACAACCACACAGGAAGGAUAGCCAAUCACAAUUACCCAAGAUGACUUUAAAGAUCCAUGAGACCAUUGAGUCCAUCAACCAGUUGAAGAUCCAGAGGGACUUUAUGCUCAGCUUCUCCAGGGAUCCUAAGGGCUACAUCCAGGACUGGCUCAAGUCCCAAAGCAGAGACCUGAAGCUGAUGACAGACGUGGUGGGGAACCCAGAGGAGGAGAGGAGGGCGGCGUUUUACCACGAGCCCUGGUCCCAGGAGGCCGUCAGUCGUUACUUCUACAGCAAGAUCCAGCAGAGGAGACAGGAGCUGGAGCAGGCCUUGGCCGUGAGGAACACCUAAACGCCGUCUCGGACGUCACGCUGCACUCUUCAUCUGACCCCAGACCUGUGUUUUUGUGUGUUGUGUUUGUUUGUUUUUUUAAUCGCUAGGGAACUGACCUCUGGCCCAUCCCCCAAUUGCAUGUGUCCAAAAAUAAAACGUCCCUCAAUCUGUUCAGCUCUGACUGACCGAACAUCUCUCUCCACACUCCUGGAAUCCCAGGCCCACAGUUGGUUACUUUUAAUGUCACCCACUAGCAUGUCACAGUCUUUCCAUAGAGACUACAAGUCAUUGUACCAGCUGCCUGCAGAACGAUUACUGUUUUAGAGCCUUCUCAUCUCAACCAGAUUGACUUUUCUGCUGAGUCAUAGUGGUCCACUGCGUCUCAUUCGGAUGAGCCCAAAGUGGUCGUUUGUAACCCAAUGUUUCAAGUGUCUUGACUCACACACAGUGGAUUGUGCCCAUUGUUUUAGUGUAUCAUUAGUGGUAUUGUUCAUGUGAGCAAUAUGCUCCAAGUGUGCAUGUGUGUUUUUGAUGUGUGGAACCAAAUUUACACUAGCAGAAUGAAGAUUACUGUUUGAAGUAAUGGGUCGGGGGACUGGGCUAAUUUCCCUUCUGAAGCCCAAAUGUUGAGGUCUGUCAUUUAAAAAAUGAACUUGUUCAAGGAAGGCAGCUUCCAUGAAUGAGAUUUCCCCCCAUUAUUAACUAAUCAGGACACAAUCGAAGAUUAGUUUAUUUUUUCCACCUUUCUACCGUAAUUCCCUUAAACAAUGUAACUGUAAAAGUAGAUCUCUGUAUAAGUGAAUAUAUUCCAUCAGAUGAAGUUAAAAGGGACAAGGAUGAAUAAGACUCAUAUCAGUUGACCGUAGAAGAUAGACGUUAACGUGAGGAGGUGACGGUAGGCACAAGGCAAAGUAAUGUAGUAACACUUGGCGGCCAUAGCGUGGCGCCUUAGAGCCAGGACAGCCUGCAUGUUUUUACACAGACUAACUCUCUGUAACGCAGAGCACCCAGACAGACUUGUCCCCUGAAGGCACGUCUUGACCGCAGUAAAUUACCGUGCAAAAUGGAUUAACGUUAGUGGUUAAAUGUUUGUGUUGCUAUUUUAGACAUAUGUAUUCCAGGGGCUCAUUGUCCUGUCAUAAUAACUGUACAAAAAGUCAUGUUUGGGAACAGUAUUAGCUACAGAACCCUCUCAGUGCUCAAAUCAGUGUUUUUAAUGUUAACAAAGGACACAUUUUGGGAUAUGAUGUGAGAGUAACCAACAUUUCCUAUGUUGAAGAAUCAUGGGGCGGGCAGUGAAAAUGCAGCCUGACAAAUGUUGGCCCGAAACUUUUAGUAAUCCUUUUAUUCGAAAUGAAUGGGGAAAUAGGUCUUUGUUCAUUGUAUUUUUUAGUUAACAUCUAUUGUGAACUACCUGUCUCAAGUGGAUCUGUCUGACAGUAUUUUGUCCUUGAACGUUUUGACAGAGUCACCAAAGGUCUCGAUGGAAGAGUAUUAGAAUGGUUCAAAUGGACAAUGAAUAACGAUUACCGUGAUCUUGUCUAAACCCGAUAAAGCUACGUUACCAGUUGAAAUUGAACACGGGUGAAUAUGACAACGUUUUUAAAGGAAACCUCUGAAUGUAAAUCUGUUUGUUUUUCUUCAGGGAUAGCACUGUUUGUGUCAGUGUGUUUGGUUUAGUGAAGGGCGGGACAUGGGGUGGGAAGGAUCGGGGUCCAUACGUUUAAAGGUGUAGGACAGGGACGCUAGUGUCCCUCUGUGUACACUUGGGGGAAGGGUGUGGGGGAUGGUUAUUUUAGGCCCUUGAGUUUUAAUAGGGCAGAACCACAAAAUGUAAUGCUGGGAGUGAUGAUACCUCCCUCUCUCCCCACCCACAGGGAACGCCCAUCUCUUUAACUAACUUCCACAGCAACUCAGUUCUGUGCCCUUCCACAGUAGUUGUGUGCUUGUGAUGGGAGAAGCCUUCUCAGAAAUCCGUUUCUGAUAUGAAGUCAACACUGCUGUCUUCUGUAAGGUUCAGUCACAUCAAAAUUGUGUCCAUGUUACAUCUCUUUUGUGUCAACAUUUUCUUCGACAUAGCUGAGACCUAACUCAGCAUAAACAACGAGGUUGGAUUUCUUAAAGACCUAUGCAUGCUGCAUGGACAGGUUUUAUACAUUUAAAACGGGACAUGUAAAUACUCUCACAAAUGCAUGGAAGUGGAUCUGGAGAGCAAUGGAUUUGACACAAUUUCCAUGUUGAAGGGGCCUUUACUGAACAUUUGCUAAAAACUUGCGGGCUACCCAACCAGCAUAGAUGUUAUCUGCAUAAGAGUUUUUGUUACUACAGGUUACGUGUAUUUCAACCGCACCAAGCAAGGGAGCAUAAUCGUUGUUGUAUUCAAUUAUGUGUCAAUCAAUACUUGUGUUUGACCCAGAUUGGUCUUGUAUGGUUGGCAGUCAUGGAGCAUUAACUGUAGGGCUCCCCUUUCUGGGCAUUUUAGAAACUACAACUCACGGACGCCGGAAACCUUGUGUCAUCUGACUAUAGACUGUACCUAAACUGUGUUCUCCUCUCUCUCUCGCUCUCUGACUAAAAGCAUUGAUAUUGGUCUACCCGAAUGGAUAGGUGGUAACCGCAGUUUCUGUGCAUGACUUUGUGAGGAGUGCCCAUGUUCCUCACAGCUCUCUUUCCACUGCUACACCGUUUUGUCUGUUGGUCACCACCAUGGAGAUAUAGCUCUCACUUGUGCAAAUGUGUUGGGUUACCCCAUUCUACAAACAAACAAAAAACAAAGGAAGAAAAAAAUUGAAAAAUGAAAUGAUGAAACUACAGCUGUGACUCAGUGAGACAGCCUGGAUGUAAAUAAAGAAGCGCUUGCCAAAGUUUGUAAAUGCCA